AUGCUCAGAACCUUACCUGCACCUGUCCUCUCUGUCACACCCGAUGCAGUGAAAGGUCUUCAAGGACAAGAUGCCCUUUCAGCUCUCUGGACUAUUUUUACAAAGUGCAAAGAGUCACAACCAUCAUCUAGGUUCCUUCUACCGCCACUUCCCCCGCCCGCACUAAUCAUGAAACUUUAA